CCGGGCCGCCGGCUGCCGGGGGCGCGUCGGGCUGGAGUUGCCCUCUCACUCCCCCUUGCAUUGCUCCCCGGGUUUAAUCUCUCGGCGACUCGUCUGCCAACCCUGAGGAAAGUGCAGCCAUUGGACAGACUGCUGCAGCCUGAGCCUUCCCAGGGCUCAGCAAUUUGGGGCUGCCCAUCCAUCCCUCCCGCUGCGAGAAAGGACGCGCGCCCGGCGUCGGGCGAAGAAAAGAAGAAAAACUUGUCGGAGGGGUUUCGCCAGUCCACAGUAACCCCUUUCGCGUAACCCCAAGCCUCCCGCGAGGGCCGUCCCAAGACUGGGGAAAGUUCCUUCCGAGCCAACAGUCGUCUUGGAUUUGGAGGAGGCACCCACGCCGGCUGUGGAAUUAGAUCUGUUUUGAACCCAGUGGAGCGCAUCGCUGGUGCUCGGAAGUCACUGUCUGCGGGCACCCGGGUGGCGCUGCCUGUGCGGAAGCGAGAGUUUGCGAGCCAGGCUGCAAGUGGUCUUCUCUCCCUGCGGUGGUUGUUCUGGGUCUAGGGUGAGGGCUGCGAGUGUUGUGGCAAGUUGCGAAGAGAGACCCGGAGGUCCGGAGAGGACUGCGAUCCCCCCGUACUCUUCUUCCUCUUCCUGGCUCCGGAGUGUGAAAUCCCAGCGAAAUUUACAGAGGCCUCCGGGUCCAGCCGAGACCUGUCCGCAGCGUUAAGCCCGUCGUCCCCAACCCCACUGGGAACACAGGGCGCCAGGGCAAGACUGGCGGGGAGGAGGAGGGAGGUCUCGGCGGCGGCAUGGCGAGGUUCCGGAGGGCUGACCUGGCCACUGCAGGAGUUGUGUUACUUUGCCACUUUUUAAUGGACCGGUUUCAGUUCGCUGAAGGGGAGCCUGGAAACCAAAUCAAUGAUUGGCGAUCUCAAGUUGCUCAGACUUUCCCGCAAACAGAAGAGGAGAUAGAAGUGGACACACAUGCGUUCAGCCACCGGUGGAAAAGGAACUCAGAUACCCUCAAGGCGGUGGACACCAAUCGAGCAAGCACGGGCCAAGACUCCCCAGAGCCCAGGGGCUUCACAGACCUGCUCCUGGAUGACGGGCAGGACAACACCACCCAGAUCGAGGAGGACACAGAUCAUAAUUACUAUAUAUCGCGGAUAUAUGGUCCAUCUGAUUCUGCCAGCCGGGAUUUGUGGGUGAACAUAGACCAAAUGGAAAAGGACAAAGUGAAGAUUCACGGAAUACUGUCCAAUACUCAUCGGCAAGCUGCAAGAGUGAAUCUGUCCUUCGAUUUUCCAUUUUAUGGCCAUUUUCUACGUGAAAUCACUGUGGCAACAGGGGGUUUCAUAUACACUGGAGAAGUCGUACAUCGAAUGCUAACAGCCACCCAGUACAUAGCUCCUUUAAUGGCAAAUUUUGAUCCCAGUGUAUCCAGAAAUUCAACAGUCAGAUAUUUUGAUAAUGGCACAGCACUUGUUGUCCAGUGGGACCACGUACAUCUCCAGGAUAAUUACAACCUGGGAAGCUUCACGUUCCAGGCAACCCUUCUCAUGGAUGGACGCAUCAUCUUUGGAUACAAAGAAAUCCCUGUCUUGGUCACACAAAUAAGUUCGACCAAUCACCCAGUGAAAGUGGGGCUGUCUGAUGCAUUUGUCGUUGUCCACAGGAUCCAACAAAUUCCCAAUGUUCGAAGAAGAACAAUUUAUGAAUACCACCGAGUAGAGUUACAAAUGUCAAAAAUUACCAACAUUUCAGCUGUGGAGAUGACCCCAUUACCUACCUGUCUCCAGUUUAAUGGUUGUGGCCCUUGUGUAUCUUCUCAGAUUGGCUUCAACUGCAGUUGGUGUAGUAAACUUCAAAGAUGUUCGAGUGGAUUUGAUCGCCAUCGACAGGACUGGGUGGACAGUGGAUGCCCUGAAGAGUCCAAAGAAAAGAUGUGUGAGAACACAGAGCCAGUGGAAAGUUCUUCUCAGACGACCACGACCAUACGACCGACAACCACACUAUUCAGGGUCUUAACCACCACCAGACGAGCAGCGACAUCCCAGCUGCCCACCAGCCUGCCCACAGAAGAUGACACCAAGAUAGCACUUCAUCUAAAAGAUAAUGGAGCUUCUACAGAUGACAGUGCAGCCGAGAAGAAAGGGGGAACCUUGCACGCUGGCCUUAUAGUUGGAAUUCUCAUCCUGGUCCUCAUUAUAGCAGCAGCCAUUCUGGUGACAGUCUAUAUGUAUCACCAUCCAACAUCAGCCGCCAGCAUCUUCUUUAUUGAGAGACGCCCAAGCAGAUGGCCUGCGAUGAAGUUUCGAAGAGGGUCUGGCCAUCCUGCCUAUGCCGAAGUUGAACCAGUGGGAGAGAAGGAAGGUUUUAUUGUAUCAGAGCAAUGCUAAGAUUUCUAGGACAGAACAGCACCAGUGCUGGCUUACAGGUGUUAAGACUAAAAUUUGCCUAUACCUUUAAGACAGACAGACAGACACACACACACACACACACACACACACACACACACACACUCACACACACAGACACACACACACACCCUAAGCUGCUAUAGCUGGAAGGAGACAAGAUUUCUGGACAAGCCCAGCCCAGGAAGGGUAAAAGACAAACUCAAACUUACACAAGAUACCAUUUACCACUGAACGUAAGAUUCCUUAGUGGGAUUGGCAUCUACAGUUCACCCAGAACCUCUCCUGUGGACUUAUCGGAAUUAUGACAAGACUACAAUGCCAUUGGCUUAGGUGCAGGGUUGCAAAGGGAUCGAGAGAAAAAAUGAUAAUAACAAAGCUUUAGUUUACGAGGAAUCUACACCUCUGGUUCAAAUAUUCUUCUCUGAUGUCUCAAAGAUAACUGUGUUCCAAAGCCUGAACCCUUUCACUCAAAAGAGCAAUGAUGACUGUUUCAAGAUUGCUGAGGAAAGUAGCUCAUGCAGGAUCAAAAACAAACACAAAAUAAGAGAUUUUCUAUCUUUUCACCAGAUUAUGUGGACAAAGGGUUUUGUUUUUCUGGUAUAGACCCACCUGUCCCAACAAGUUCUUUAUAGGCCGGAUCUUUUAUCUACACAGGAGGUUUAAAACUAUGCCUCCCUCUUCCUUGUGAACGAAUGCCCUUUCUAUGAACUGUGAUGGAAUUUCCAAACUUUUAGCUAAGGAUUAGGAAAGAGGGAGUGGCAAAUGAAGCUUUCGGUUCCCCGCCUCCUCAGAAUAAAACUUCUGAUUUGUUUUACGAAGCGUUGCCUCCAUUUCCCAACUGUGAAGUCCUAUGAAGCCACAGUUGCUCUUGGCUGAAGGAAACGAAAGGAUGGAGAGUUCCUUAAGCAUUUUUGAAGCAAAACUAUUAAGGGAUUCUAAACAUGUGGGUUGUUUGUUUUGUUUGUUUUUUUACUUUUUGCCAUUUCAGUACUAAAGGCCCAUUUCAUUGUCGAUUCCUGUCUAAGAAGCCAUGCAAGUCAGCAUAUCCCUGGCGAUAAAGAGAAUGAAAGAACCCUGCUGAAUCAUACAGUAAUUUUCUUUAAAGUACAUAGUAGUUACAUAAAUAUAUAUAUAAAUAUAUUUUUGUUUAUUAACUAACACAAGGCAGGCUCUUGUGACUCUAAGAGUGCAUUUUGUCAGACAAAACAUGCAAGGUGCAUUAUUGCAUACUUCCAUAGAGUUGUAAAAUAAUCCUUAAUAUUAGAAUAUUUUUAUGUCACUUAGCAAAAGGGGUUCAAUGAGUUGCAGUGCCCAUCGUUUCCUGCCUAUUUGAGCCACUCUUUCAUUCAUAUCAACCCCUUCCCUCCCUGGCUAAAUGAAGCUGAUGCCAAAAGCUCCUUAGAUGGAGCUGUCAUUAGCCCUGUAAUCACAAUCCAGAUGUGGAAAUUUCCCCCUGAACCAGGAAAGAAAAGGCAUCCCUUUGAGGCAGAAAGUGGUUAAUAUAUAUGUAUGUAUACUGAGCUCCUAAAGUUUAAAAUUCAGGUACUGUGUAUACAAUUGCAUCAACAUCUCGACCCAUGAAAUGUACAUCCUGUGCCAAGAAGCUGUUGGUUCUUGUAGGGUACAGUGUCUACCAUUUGCAGUUUCGGGUAUCAAGAAGCAGAGAUCUCUUAAACAGCACUUUACUAACAGCUUAGCAUCUGUACAGUGUUUGCAUUGGAAGACAUCAGUCCACUAACAGAGUAUCAUAGUUAUCUUCACAAAUGUCUCAUGUAGACUAGUGACAUUUUCCAUCACAUGCAUUUUGCUUUACAUUUUGUAAGUACCUGAUGAGGGUGGUCAUUUUUUCCUAAACUACUUAGUUAAUAAUUGCAAAAAAAAAAAAAAAAAAAAAUUGACAAGCAAGAUGAUUGAAGGAUGUGAUGACAAUCUCUCUGCUGAGCUUCGUUCAGUUUAUAUAAAAUAUCCCAACUUGUUUCUCGUGGAGUAGGUUUGAUCAAAUAGCGAUAACCAACUGACUUGCCAAUGUAACUGGUGCAACUGGUAUUCUACAGAGACAUAAGGGGCACAUAGACGAUUCCUUUUAGGAUAAGAUGAUGCUUCUUUCACUAGCUUUUGUGGUAGGUGUGGCUUCUGAUAGCAGUGGGUUGACAGUUAUAUAAAUCCUGCAUAUAUAUCCAAAUCCCUACACAAUUCUUUGAAGUAGUAAUGUUAUCUUUAUACACUCCGAUCUAUCAUUUUUUAUUCAAAAGAAUUGGUAAUUUUGUAGAAAAGCAUAACACCCCCCCCCCCGAAUUCUUCAGUGAACUAAAGCAUGAAGUAAUAGGGACAACUUAUCAGAAGUAAAAAGGCUACUGAAGUAUAGGGAGACUUCCUAAAAGAACUAAGAGUUAAAGGUGGUUAGACAUUUCUGUUGUACAUGAAUCUUUUAGUGGUAAGGGGAAAGGCUGGCUGCAUCCUUUUUUCAUGAAACUUUCAUUUUAUUUUAUUUGUCUGCUUUGUUCUUAGUGCUCAUUUACUGCAAAGGAAAAGCAAACAUAUACAGUUUCUAGAAAUUCAGAAUAAAUGCCGAAGCUUUGAACUUUGCAUAUAUUUUGUAUUAGAAAGGGCGCAUCUGUACACUUCUUAAUAUACUAUGAACAUAGUAGAGACAGAUUAACAAAAACCAUUUUAAAAAUUAAGAGCAGCAAAGGAACACAUACAAACUCCUGGAGAAAUCAGGUAAAUGGUGCUAUAGAGGAAGUUAAUUAUUUCAUCUUAAUUGUUUGUAAAACUAAUAUUCAAUGAUUAAAUAAAAGUGUUAAAAGACAAAAAACAAAUAUCUUAAGCCAACCAGAUAGCAGCAACCACAAUGUUGGUUUGUUUUUGAAGGGUUUGGAGUUAGAUAUGAUAAACAAAUAGAAAAUUAAAGAUAAAUAAUAACGUACAAUUUACCCCGUUAUUAUUUUAGUUUGAGAUCCCUAGGGCAUUUACCAGUCUGUCACAAGUAGCUUCUAGAGCUAUGAUAUUUUAUCCACUAGCUAAAUGUGGCUAUUUAAAUUAAUUAACCUUAAAUAAAAAUCCAGUCACACUAGCCACACUCAAGUAUUUAAUAACGACAUGUGGCUCAUGGCUACCAUUUUGGACAACAUAGAACAUUUGCAUUGUCACCGGAAAUUCUAUUCCACAGUGCUGUAGAGGUCUUUCUUUAUAAUUCCUUCUCCUGAAAGAAAAAGGAGAAGGAGGAAAAACAGAAGAUUUCAUAGUUCUUGGCCAUAUCUAAGCAUUUUGGUCUCAGACAUGAUGAAGUAGUGAAAAACAUACCAUCUGACCCAGUUUUGAGUCUUCACUAUGUUAUUUUGGGAAAAAUCACUUUAACCUCCAUGAGUCUCAAUUCAGGAAAAUAAUUUUUUUUUUAUCCUGUCUUCCUUGCAAGCUUAUUAUUAUGCAGACUGACUAAAUGUACAGAUGUACAGACUUGUAAAACCCUACGUCAAUGUAACCCGAAUAAAGCACAGCUGUUGUCCCGAUAGCAACACACAUUUGCUUUCAGACAACAGUCCAUCAAGCCACGAAGCAGUCAAAGACAAUCAGAUCAAUACAUUUCUUGAGAAAAUGCCAAAGGAGAAUACAUUCAAAACACCCAGCAAAAUUGCGUAAAUUCCUUUUUUCCCAUCUUUAAUAUUUUCUCUUAAUAUUUCCUCUGCAUAAUGUCUCUCCUCUCCCACACCAGAGUCCCCUAAGUGCAUCCUUCCACUGGCUCCAUUCUUUAUUAUGUAUUCAUUUAUCCUCUGUAUUUUCUUCUGAUUUCUCAGUUUAUUCUUCACAGCAAAGGGAGGCCCAGGAGCUGACCAGCAGGCUUCUCUCUAGAAGGAAAUACCUCAAACACAAAUAACUUCAAGUAUUUAUUUUAUCCCUAUAACACAAACGUAAGGGGCUAUCACAAUUAAAAUAUAAAUAUGUGGAACUUAAUUUUAAAUGUAAAAAUUUGCAAAUGCAGACUAUAUGAAAGGAAUAUUAAUUAAACUUAAUUUAAAUUAUAAUAUGCAGAUAGUAUAUAUUCUCAGAUUAGUAUAAUUUAACUUUUUGGCAAAAAAUUCUUAUGCUAUUUCCUCAUUCUGAAGGAGUAUAAAUUUGGCGAUGCCCCUAGGAUAUAUUGUCCAUUUGAGAAAAAGUUUUGCUAGUAGCCAUGCCUUGGUUCUAGAAACUUCCAUUCCACGAUAAGCAAUGAAUAUAUAAAUAAGACAAACUGAAAAACAGAUCUUAUGGUUAUAGUUUCUUCCUCCUGUGAAAUGUCAUUUUGCUUUGUAUUUCCUCAGGCAUUUUUUUCAGAUGUUUUAUUACAAUGUGCUUUACUAAUUCCAAAAGAUUACUCUUGUUUUUCCUUUUCCACCCAACUUUUGGCACCAACAUCCAUAUGCCGGAAUCACAGGAGGUCAUCUAAUUUAACCUCUUCAUGUCACAGAUCAGAAAAUUGAGGUCCAGAGAGAUAAAGUAAUUUUCCCAGUGUCAAAACGGGGUCUUGAACUUGAAAUUCCUCUCGGGUUAUUUUUGUUCCAAAUCUUCUUGCCUACAUCCCUUUGUCAGAGUUUAAGCAGCUCAGAAGGCAUAGUCUAUCUAAAAGCUAGCUUUCUUUGCUGUGUUGACUAUCUGUUCUAUCCUAUAAUAUGGAACAGUGGACCAAUCUUCCUCUGUGAUGUUGCUGUCUUAAGAAUGGUGCCAUUUUUAUAACAACCAGUGAUUUCAAGUUCUAGCUAUAUUACAGGAUCUUUAUUUGGUUUGUCACAUUCUUUUCUUCCAACCCUACCUGUGGUCAUCUAAGUGAACAAUAUUAUUUCUCUUUUGCCAAUGUGUAAUUUUUCUGCUUUUGUUUCAUUUCUUCCCAGUGUACCUGACAAAUGAAUAAUCUUCAUAGCAGGUUUUCUUACCAUAUGUAUAACCACAGUUUUUAUUUGCUUAUUAAGCUAUCUGUACUUUUUUGCCCUAAGAAGGCUUUCAAAGUAAAUAUCAUGAGGUGUGUGACAUUACCUAUUUUGUAUAUACUCGUAUUACGUUGUGUUUGUAAAGCACUUUACAUUUCGCAGAGCACUUUGAUUCACCCCUUUAUUUGUUCAUUCAUUCAAUCACUCAGUCAGCUUAAAUAUUUAUUGAGCACCUACAGGAACCAAAUUCCUGUGUUACAUCUGUGGCAUAUAGUGAUAAAUACAAACAGUGAAAGAUCAGCGAUGUCCACCGAUAGCUGUAAUAUGGUGACAUCCUCAAACACAACUAGGCAACUAGGCAGGAUCAAUAUUACUGUAUUCAAUUUCCAAUUCUAAUUUUCUGUUCUACUUAACAGAGAGAACUGUCAAGUAUUUGUCUAAAGAAUGUUUCUGAAAUAUGAUGCAUCAUUGCACAUCUGUGCUGUUUGCUCUAUUUCACAUGAUCUGUGUUUUCAUCGAUGAGAAGAAAAGUUACUCAUCCAAAGUUGUCCCAGACCAAGGAGGUCUUUCCAGGCCACUUGAAUUCUUUCUGACCAGAUGUAAUAGUUCACUUUCUUGCACCAGUAUUUCUGUUGUGCCUUUUUGAAUUAUCAGCGUCAUAGUUUUAAGGUAUUCUGGAAGCACCAGUGUAUCAAAGAAGCAUUUGCACUUUAGGUGUGCGUGGUUGUUUGUCAUUUAUUAGACUGUCUCAGGUUUCCUCAACCUCAGCACUAUUGACAUUUUGAGACCCAUUAUUCUUUGUUGGGGGGUGGGGAGGAGUGGUCCUAUGCAUUGGAGGACCUUUGGCAGCUUCCAGGGUUUCUAUUGACUAUAUGCCAGGAGCUCUGUCUCACACAAACACCCCAGUUCUGACAACUAAAGACAUCUCCAGACAUUGCCAAAUGUCCCCUGAGGUGAGAUUGGGAAAUCUACUGGAUUAGCUAUGUAGUGAGCAAAAUAUAGCAGGAGAAAACAAGGAAUAUUUCUCUUAGCCUUGUCACUUAAUUUUCCUCAUAGGUAGGUUUUUGUUUAUAAUAAGACUUGGAAUCCUAAACUCUUUGCAUUAGAAGGGACUAUUAAAGUCACUAAUUCAACCACAUCCCCACGUCAUUCUUAUCUAUUUCUCCAUCUCUCAGUUUUAACAAAUUUAUUGAGAGAAGAUUAGUUAUCUCUGGAAAUUUGGGAAUUGACUUUUUCGUAGCCAGAGUAAGGCUGUUUGGCAAUUAUGUUUGCUGCUGUACGUAAUAGCUGCUGCGGUGAUUUUUGCUUCACUUUGGGUACUUGGUGUCACACAACUUCAGUAUCUCAGAGACGUUGAGGUUUCUUUUGGUCACUUCACGCAUCUACAAAUGUUGCUCCUUUGUCUUUGCCUUCCAAAUGUGCAGAGAAGUUGAAGUUUGUUGCUUCUAAUUUUGAGUAUAUCUGGCUGAACUUUCUAUUUCUGAUACUGACUUUUUUUAUUGUCCUUCUGUGGGGGAACAACAGCAACAACAACAACAAAAAAAAAACCAAUUGACUGUCCCAAGUAUUAUAAUUAAAAAUUGGAAAUCUCAGAGUUGGAAUGUUUAAAUCUAUCAAGCCAAAGUUCUUACUGAUUUGAUGUGCCUUAUGUCAGUUUUCCUGUAGGGUCAGUGAUUUCCUAUGGAUAACUCUGAAUCCCAUUCAUUUGUACUUGUGUCUGUUCUGCACCAAUUAAAAAACUUGGUGAAGUUAUGCAAAGACAGUCUCUUAAGACUAUUCCCAGAAAUAACAGAAAUAUUCCAGAAAUACUAGAACAUCAGGUUUCUCUGUAUUCCUUUGCUAAAAGACCAGGUGAGACUUUGAAAGCAUUUCAUAAUUAUUGACUACAAGUUACUAGUAUGGAUACACAAUUGAAAGCCUUGAUUAUGAAGUCUGAGGGUAUAGAAUAUUGACACGCACACCCGGAGUGAACUCUCAUAAGACAAUCAUGGAAAUCAGAAAACCAUCACCUAGGAGACCCUCAAGUGUGUGUAUUAUUUUCUACUCUACUACAGUCAUGUCAGACAAUAUGGUGUUGCUGAACGUUUUGAUUAAGUUGAUCUCCAGUUCAACUGAAAUUAUAAUACAAUUACCUAAUUAUUGCCUCACAUAGCUUUUAAACCAUCCAGUGCCCACUGCUCUCACAAUGAUAAUUGCAAAGAAGUAAGAUGAUAAUUAUGAGAGCAAAAUUACAUAAUUUCUUGAAUCAAUUCUGCAUAAAAGUUUAUGGAAUACGCCAUCAUUGGCUUCUCAAUGUCAGUUCUUAUUAAUUUCCAGAUCACUGUCACAUUGAACGAUUGAUUCUGUUACUUUAAAUCCAGAAGAAAAGGCUGGAAAAAAAUGAAUGCAAAUCAUAUGCUGGUACUCCUCUUCUUCGAAUUUCUAAGAUUUAUUAAUAUUUGAGAAUUACUAAAAAAAUUCUCAAAAAAAAAUUCUCUCCUA